AAGUUGACGUUCGAAUGACAUGGAAUGUUUGUUUAUGUUUUAGUUUGUUUAAUUUAAUUAAAUGAACACAGGAAUUGUAGUUAAAGAUUAUACAAAAACAUCUAUGUACAAAGUACAUACUUGAGAUACUUUAAUGGAGGGUGACUCAAAAUAUAAUUAUUCAGAACUAUAUCCAAUUUCAUCAUAUUUACCUCUAUAAUAUACAAAAAUUAAACAUGGUAUGCACUUGUAUGCAGUUGGAAUUGUAUAAUCAAUAGUGAUAAUAUUGAAAAAUUAUUGAGCAUGUGCAGUAUUUCAUCCCCCUCAGUCUUAACUUCCCACCCUAGUUCUGAAUUAAGAGUGCCUGAAAUCAAUAAAGAACAAAUAUCUAUAUCUGAAGUAAUAUGCUUGAAAUGUUAUGAAAAUACCAUAUUCAAUUCCAUUUGAACUAGUAACCCUAAACUAAAAUAAGACAUAUAAAAAGGGGACUGUUGGAAAGAUUGCAAGAAAUAAGAAAGGGGUGAAAAUGCAAACGCUAAGGAAGAAAACUAGCCCUUUAAAAUAUAAAAAUGAAACAACAAGAUUUUUGGGGGAUGGGGUCAGUUUUAAGGCUAAGCUAAUAGGUAUUUUAGAGGUAUCAGAAGCAAGGGGAGAUAGAAUGUGUCAAGAGGCACUGAGCGAUUUAAAAAUGGCUAUAAGAGCAGCUGGUGAACAUAAACAAAGAAUAACUGUAAAUAUAGCUAUAGAUGGACUAAGACUUAGAGAUGAAAAAACUGGGGAUUGUCUCUAUCAUCAUCCUGUACAUAAAAUUUCAUUCAUAGCUCAGGAUAUGACUGACUCAAGAGCAUUUGGAUAUAUCUUUGGUUCUCCAGACACAGGACAUCGAUUUUUUGGAAUUAAAACUGAUAAAGCUGCUAGUCAGGUUGUUAUUGCUAUGAGAGAUCUUUUUCAGGUAGUAUUUGCAUUGAAGAAGAAAGAAAUUGAACUUGCCAAACAACACUUGGAAAAAAAUUAUCUUCCCACAUCACCUGUUUUUUCAGAUAGUUCUACUGCAGCAUCUAAGCCCACAGAAAAGUCAAAAAGUGAACAUAAAGCUAGUAGUAGUAUAUCGGGAAGUAAAAAUUCUGGAACAGCAGUGGCUGAUUUAGUUGACCUAGAAUUAGAACUAAACAGCUUGCAACAGGGUUUAAAUCAAAUGGAAAGAAUUACUCCUUCAGAUCCGUUUGGUUCUAAAGAUGAUCCAUUUGGCGAUAGCUUUAUAAGUUAUCCAAUUAAUAAACUAAUCUUGCCGCCCCCUCCAUCAUCUAGCAGGGAAAGAUCAAGCAGAACUUCCGAUUCUGGCAGUGUAUUAAGCACAAAAACCCCACCAAAUACAGCUGCUAGCAUAGAUAGUGGCACCGAUUCACUGUUAAGUGCAAAAACCAAGACAGAAUUUUCAUUUUCACAUGAUUUUAACAGUUCUCAUGAGGAACAAAACAGUGGACAUUGGUUUACACCUACAUUUGGUAGUAACCAAUUUGAGGAAUCUAAUUCUUUAAGGCCAACAGAAACAGUUACAGAUGAAAAUCAUGAAGCAAAAAAACAAGAAAUUAUGUCACAGUUUGAUGUUUUUACUGAACUGGAUCCAUUAGGUACCGGUAGAAGUAAGCCAUAUAUUGAUAAGAAACAUUUCUUUCAAGAGUUGAAAAAUCCACCGAAAAAGGCGCUAAACGAACUGGUGUCCUCGACGACUUCAUCGGCGACUCAAGAUCUUUUUAAUAUCAAUUUUAACCAAACUGCUUCCUCAAAAACGACAUCCGCGCCUUCUCAAACUAUUUAUUCGAACACAACGAACGUUUUCAGCGCGGAUCCUUUCGGAGAAGAUCCUUUCGUCAAGGAGGAUCCCUUUGCUGAAACCGAUUUUUCGAAACAAGAUCCGUUCGAGACUGAAUUCGUCACCCAACGAGCCGCCAGAGAUCUACAUUCGAUGUUCCAAAACAAUUUGUCCAAGUCUCCGAAAACAGUGGGCUUGGAAAGCAGUGGUACUUUAGGUACCAGCCCUAAAUCAGCGCAGUUCAUCAAAACGAACACUUUCGAUGUUCAGUUCGACGAUAGUUUAUCUAAGACUCAAGAACAAAGUGUAGAAGUGUCAUCCGAAUCGGAAAACGUUCCGGAACCCCCUCCUAGACACGCCGUGACUUUAGGGGAAGUACAACCUCCUCCGUUACCUCCGAAAAAACAAGGCGACAUUGUUUUAAAGCCUCCCCCUAGGCCCCCUCAUACCGAGGAGAAUCGUUACGAUUAUAUAGAAAAAUUCGAGAAAGAGAAAAAAAGUAUGCCAGAGAUUAAAAAUGUUUCUGAUAUGAAUCCUCCUAUUCCCGUGCCACAGAGGAAGUCGAUGUUUGAGUCGAAUUUUACUACUCCUCCUGAACGUCCCAAGAAACACAAUCAGUAUUCUAGCGACGAGGAUUAUUUAACUCCCAUAUCUUUUCCGGAAAACCCAGAUAGUCUUAGUGUAUUGCUCCCUCCUCCCCAAAGACACACAAAGAAGGAACAGCCUGCUUCAGAGUCAAAACAAAAUACAUCUAUUAGUAAGGACAGUCUGAAUAAUUCUUUGGAAGGUUUGGAUAUGACCUUGAGUCAGCUAACCUUAAGCGGUUUGAACGAAUUGGCGGGUAAACUGAAUAUUCCUCCUCAUAAACUAAGCAAUAUGACACUGGUUCAAUUAACUAAUUAUUUGUCCACUUUUAUCAAGUCGCAGUCUAGUCAGCGUAAGCAUGAUUGCGAGAACGUUUUUCCAACUUUCCAGGCUGAUUUUUCCGCGAACUUCGAAAACAUAAGCAACGUUUCGACGACCCAGUCGAACGCGGACUCAACCUACGACAGAUACGCGGUUUUCAGGGAGCUUCAGGAAGAGAUUAAGCAGACAAAAAUCGAUACCGAACCUGAACAAAUCCAGGAGGAGAAGGAACAGCUUCAGCAGAAAAAUUCGGACGAUUCUCAACCUUCCAGCGAUAAGUUAUCUGUUGAGGAUAAAUAUGCUGCUUUAAGGGAAAUUGUGGAAAUAGAAAUCAAACAGACUGAACAGAAUAAAGACGAGGUAAAUCAGAACAUUGUUGAAAGCGAGGGGACACUAAAUAAAGACACGCUCAAUGAAGACCAAGAGAAAAGUGUUGAAGAUAUUAAUUUAGCGAACAAGGAGCAUAAUUUGCACGAAGUUCCGGAAAAGGAUAUUAUUUCAAAAGACUGUAUUAUAGAGUAUAUGUUAGAAAGUAAGGAACCCAAAUCAAAAACAGUUACUCCUGAAAAGUCACCGACGCGGUCUCCUGUGAUGAAGAGCCCAGUGCCCAACGCUAUAACAGAAAUAAUUCAGUCGAGUACCAGGCUUACUUCCGGCUCACUCUCUGACGUUUUGAGUGGUAGUUCACCGGAAGUGGAUAAUACCGGGAGUAAUUCGGAUAUUCCCAAGAAAAACCUGGACCCUACAGGUGAAUCGUGGGCGAUAUUCGAUCAGAGUAGCAGUCGGUUGGAGAGUAAAGAAAACUUGGGUGCUGCCCAAAGUGAAGAGGGUAUUUCGCCAUGGUCUAGUGAUUCCAAAGAAUUCGGUAACAAGUCACCCACUAAUUGGAAAAAAGAACCCAAAGGCGGUAAAAGAUGGAAAAAAAAUCGAGACGUAGAAAACUGGUGGGAUACUUCAGCUGAUCCAGAAGGUUCAUAUUACCCAGCUCAUAGACGAUCGACCGAUUCAUACGAGGACGAAUAUUACGAGUGUUACGAUCGACCACGCAGGCGUAGACAAGGCAGUGGCAAUUGGCAACACGGGAACCAACAACCGGGCGGUCAUUCGUCCAGUUCUCGUGACGUCAGCCCCUGGGAGGAGGAACCUAGAAGACGGCCUGAAGGUCGAGUGGGGUGGGGAAAGCACCCGAGAGGCCACUCUUUCGACAGGCAUCGUGAGGCGAAGCAAGUGGAUAGUUGGGAUGAUGACGAUGAAGAUUAUGAGUAUGACGAAGAACAUAGGUCAAGGGGACACUAUUUUCAAAGGCACGGAUCCAAAGAGACUGAUAGAGAUAGACAUAGUAGUGGAGGUAGUAGGGAUAUGGAAAAUGACAGGUGGGACGACUACAGCGAGAGGAGGUAUAGAAGGAGAAGGGAGAGCAGUAGGGAACCUAAAGAACCUAAGGAUAGAUGGUGCUGUCCAGAUUGGAACCAAGAAAAAUCUGGAAGAUAUGGUGCUAGGCGAAGUAAUAUGCCAGAUAGGAGAGAAAGAUACGGCGAAAAGUAUAGGAGUAGUCGCGAAUCGCAAGACUCGCCUUGGGAGGAUGAAUAUUCGAAUGAAGUAGAAGAAUCCCACUCGCCCCACUUCUUGCCGACUACUAAGAAAAAUUGGAAACAGCGUCCAAGCAGUGCCUCGGAGAUGGAUAGAAAUACUGGUGAGAUAAAAUCUCGACAUCUUUUGGGGACAGGUGGGAGUGAUGGAGAAAGAGACAGGCGUUACAAAUCGGCUCGUAGAUCGAGGAGCAGAGACUCGCAUUUUAACGAACCCUCUCAUAGACACGUGUCGGAAACGUCAAGCAGUCGCGUCCAGCACCGUGCCAAGCCUCACAAGCCUCCCGAGACCGAGUAUAUGGAGAUAGUAUCGAAAAAAGAGACAGACCUUGGUGACAAGAAGUCUUCUUUGCGGAAGAAGGUUAAAGAAAGUAACAGUCUUAGCAGCGAACCAGCGGUCAACACUUUUCCAAGGAAGAGAACGGCUAGAGCUAAGUUUAUGUUUGAUAACGAUUUCGUCCCAUCAGACGAAAGUCCCAUCAUCAGGGAGAAGGAGGACGACAAAUUUAAAUUUGACGGGGAAUACGAUAACGCUGAAAAUGAUGUGCCAUUGUCGAGCAGGUCUAUGAAAGGACUGCGACAACAAAGUUUGUUCGAAAAAAGCCAAAUGCGUCUAGAGAAAAAUUUUAAAGAUCGGCGUAGCGAGUCGUUCCAGGAAUCAAAACUAUCACCCAGGUAUCAGGCCAAACCCAGUAGUCCCUUCGAGGAUGAUUUUUCGCCCAGUGAAAAAGCCGACAACCCCGUGGAGGGCAAUGGGAUAUCUAGCAUAAAAGAAGAACCCGACCUUCCCGAGGAUGAAGAAGACUCGUUCGGGACCAAGGCCAACGUGACUACCCAUCCGAAAGGAAGAAGGAAGAUACUGAACAAGAACCGAUUUUCGGGGAGAACUGACGUCAAUUUGAAGAAAUCUGGAUCGGUCAAUAUUUUUUCGACCGAAAACGACCCGUUCGAUGACGAAUUCUUCAGCGGAAACGUGGAGACUGGUCGUGCCCAGUCCAGGGAUUCGGAACUACGAUGGACUGAGGAAUUCGAGGAUUCCGAUAACGGUAGAAAAUAACUGGUUUUAAACUAAAUUAGGGGCCCAUUUUGUUAAAGCGAAAUAUUUAAAAUAUUAGAUAGGCGAAGUCGAUUUAGGGAAUUAUACAAAUGGACUCUUUGAUCGACGGCAGUUUGAAAAAUUAUUAUUCAAUAGAUUUAUAUUAGAUGAAUUUGCUACUAGAAAUAUUGCCACACGAUCCAGAUAAGUGAGCUCUCUGUAAUACACAAAAUAAAGAAAUUAGUUUUUAUUGAACCCCCCUUCAAGUUUAAGACCAUAUUAAAUAAUUUAAUUAUGGACGUCCAAUAUUACUUUGUACUUUACAGAUAGAUACUCACUAAUAAUACUUAUUUAUGUUAUUUUUUUUAAAUAUGUCUCUUUUAGCCCGGUGUCACAUUGCGCAUUUUGCAGUUUUUGCUUUUCCUGCAGCUAUAGAAACGCACAGUUAAUACCGGGCUUACACUGCGCGUUUUUGCGGCUGCAGUAAAAACGCAGAGAUGCGACAGCACGCGAUUUUAUAUGAGAUCUGUUAUACUGUGCGUUUUUGCCGCAUCACAGGCGCACAGAGGGCCAGCGGACUCUAGAUAUUAUUCAAUAUGUGUUAAAAUUACAAAAUCAAUACAAAAUAUGAAAAAAUGAACAUUAUUAGCCCAUAGGAAAUGGUUUAUACAGGAUGUUACAAUAUUAACGCACAUAAAAAAUCAUAUUUUCGCAGAUUCAGGUCAAAGUCACACCUUAACUAGUUUCCAAAAAACGUAUGAGCCUAGAAGCAUCAAAUAUGUGAAAAUUUUUGUUAUACAGGGUGUCCCAAAAGCCAAAAAUAUUCAACUUUUUAUAAAACUAUUUUUUUCUUAAAAAUCGAUUUUUAAAACUUUUCAGGCAAUUGCAAAAAAAUAUGAUAACAGCUGUGCC